CACUUACACAUGCGCAAACGUAACAAAAAAGUCAGGGAUAUUAUUUCACCCUUUCCUUGGGAAAAGUGCAUCGGACGAACAUAACGUGCAAUUUCAAUAAUUUAACUUCCUGCCGUUUUGUUCAGUGUGAAAACACAAUGCGGACGAUCAAUAGUCGCUCUUAACUUGGUGCGGUAUCAUUAACGCCUAUUUUUUUAAAAACAUCCGGCGAAACUGGAUAACAGCCAUAAUUUUAAAAUUACCGCAAUUGUCACUCAUUCCAUGACAUUGUAUGCUUCGUUGGCUAACAACGCCGCAAAAAGUCCAGUAGACAAUUAACUUAUAAUAUAUUAAACAAAUUAUUAGGGGAAGAAAUAAAAUAAAAUUUUGUCUUUUAAAAUCUACUUUUACCGAUCCGCUUCUUAUUCGCGUCUCAGUCAUUACAAGAAAAUAUACAUGUUCGACGAUCACUGUAAAUUUAAUGAAACUCUUUUGAGGUUUUUCGGUUUAUGGCCUUAUGAAAGAACCGUGUGCGAGCGUCUUCGUGCAAUAUGCUUUAAUAUGUUAUUCAUUUCUCACGUGAUUGCAGAGUUCGCGCAAUUUGCUAUAGUUGACUUUUUUAAUGUAAAUAUCACUAUUAGGAUAUUGAGGGAUGCUAUUACAACUUUUCUGAUUUUUGUAAUCUUUAACAUGUUUUUCUUGAAUACUAAGAAACUAAAACGGAUACUGGAUGAAAUUAUUAAUAAUCGGCGGAUGAUAACAGAUUCGCAAGAAAUUGAAAUACUAGACUAUUACGCUUACAAAGGAAAAAAAAUUAUAGUUACUAUUCUAUCGCUGGUAAUGUGCAUUACGUUUAUGACUUUUGUAAGUGGACUGCUACCGGAUAUUUUUGACGUUCUUUGGCCGUUAAACGAAUCACGUGUACAUGAUUUACUAGUGAUGAAAGAGUACAAAAUAAAUGAAGGAAUACAGUAUUAUAUUUUUUGCUACUAUUCUAUUAUAUGUAUUAACAUUGGUGGUAUUGUCACAACAUUCAUCAUUUCGACAUUAUUAUCAAUUAAUUUACACUGCUGCGCAAUAUACAAAGUUUGCAGUUAUCGAAUAAAACAAUUUGUGGACAAAGAAGUAAUAGCAUGCUCCAGCAAAGGAAAUGUAAACGAAAGAAUAAUUAAAACAGUAGAACUUCAUCGAAAAGCAAAGAAAUUGUUUAAAUUGAUUACGACAAGUUUUACAAUGUCUUAUCUUAUUAUGGCAGUAGCAGGCAUGUGCGGUUUUGCUAUGAGUUUAUAUGGAUUGCUGAACGUAAUAAUUUACAAAUAUGAUUUGACGGAACUUCUGACAACUGCAUGUUUUAUUAUAGGAUAUGAGUUUUGUUUAUUUACCAUAACUAUAAUGGGGCAAUUACUGAUAAACCAUUCUGAUGAGUUAUUUAAAUCACUAUACAUGUCGCUAUGGUACGAAGCACCUAUAACAGUACAGAAAUCAAUAUUGUUUAUAAUGCAAAUCUCCGUGAAAAGCUUAGUAAUGAAUCUUGGUGGAGUACUUGAAGUAGCAAUGCAAACCUUUACCUCGAUCACGAAUAUGUCAAUAUCCUUUAUGAUGAUAUUCUUUUCCAUACAGUAGUUUCAUAAUUUUGCGCAGAAAAAAUAAUUGCUAGUGAUAUACAAUUGAUAAAAUUUUCUACAGUAAAAUAAGGAAAAAAGACAUAAUUUGAUUAAACAAGAUAAUAUUGCACAUUUAUUCAACAAUAAGUAGCUGUUUAUAGUAAUUUGUAUUUUUUGCAAUAUAAUCCAAAAAGAGCUUCUGCAAAAUUAGAUUCCACAACCGAGACAUCAGGCAAUGAUGGCAGAAUUCAGCCGGCUCCGUGUGUAGGGAAGAAAUUAAUUAUAAAAUAAAUUGAUAAACUAAAUAACUACACAUAUUUUUAUGUAUUAAACAAUAAAGUUUAUAAAAUUAGAAAACUUAAACAGAUUGAGCCCUCUCACUUUAUAUAUUUAUAUGUUUUUUUUACAUUUAUUAGCGUAUACAUUAAUUUGAUGCUAUUUUUCCUACUUAAAGAUAUUUUUAAAAAAACAUAAAAAAAUUUGUGUAAUAUCUUUUAAUAUUGUAAUUGAAAUUAUUGUAGUUAUUAUCCAUUUUCACGAAGAGUGUAUAGCAUUAUUAUCGCAGCGAUUUUAUGUUUCAAACUAUGAG